CAGUGGGGGAAGUGGCUGUCACGCCGUCGUUCUCUGCCAGUGCGAGGGCAGCGGAGGUCGAGGGUGCCCAGGCCUUGGCUGGGCAGGAGCGGCGGCGAUGCUGAGGACUGGCUGCCGGCGUCUCGGGGUGCGCCUCGUCUGCCUGCGUGGCGGUCUCCGGGCUCUCGACCAGACCGGUCCCCGGAGUUUGACCUCUUGCAUAGAUCCUUCCAUAGGACUUAAUGAGGAGCAGAAAGAAUUUCAGAAAGUGGCCUUUGAUUUUGCAGCUCGGGAGAUGGCUCCAAAUAUGGCAGAGUGGGACCAGAAGGAACUGUUCCCAGUGGAUGUGAUGCGGAAGGCAGCCCAGCUGGGCUUUGGGGGAAUUUACGUACGAACAGAUGUGGGUGGGUCUGGACUGUCACGGCUUGAUACCUCUGUCAUAUUUGAAGCCUUGGCUACAGGCUGUACAAGCACCACAGCCUACAUAAGCAUCCACAACAUGUGUGCCUGGAUGAUUGAUAGCUAUGGAAAUGAGGAACAGAGGCACAAAUUUUGCCCACCACUCUGUACCAUGGAGAAGUUUGCUUCCUACUGCCUCACUGAACCAGGAAGUGGGAGUGAUGCUGCAUCUCUUAUGACCUCGGCUAAACGACAAGGAGAUCAUUACCUCCUUAAUGGCUCCAAGGCCUUCAUCAGUGGUGGUGGUGAGUCAGACAUCUAUGUGGUCAUGUGCCGAACAGGAGGACCAGGCCCCAAAGGCAUCUCAUGUGUAGUUGUUGAGAAGGGAACCCCAGGCCUCAGUUUUGGCAAGAAGGAGAAAAAGGUGGGGUGGAAUUCCCAGCCAACCCGAGCCGUGAUCUUUGAAGACUGUGCUGUCCCCGUGGCCAACAGAAUUGGGAAGGAGGGGCAGGGCUUCCUCAUUGCCAUGAAAGGACUGAAUGGAGGGAGGAUCAACGUUGCUUCCUGCUCUCUAGGGGCUGCUCAUGCCUCAGUGAUCCUCACCCGAGACCACCUCAAUGUCCGGAAGCAGUUUGGAGAGCCUCUGGCCAGUAACCAGUACCUGCAAUUCAAACUGGCUGAUAUGGCAACAAGGCUGGUGGCCUCGCGACUGAUAAUCCGCAAUGCAGCGGUGGCUCUGCAGGAGGAGCGGGAAGAUGCAGUGGCCCUGUGCUCCAUGGCUAAGCUGUUUGCUACAGAUGAAUGCUUUGCCAUCUGCAACCAAGCUUUACAGAUGCAUGGAGGCUAUGGCUACCUGAAGGAUUAUGCUGUUCAGCAGUAUGUACGGGACUCCAGGGCUCACCAAAUUCUGGAAGGUAGCAAUGAGGUGAUGAGGAUGCUGAUCUCUCGAAGCCUGAUUCUGGAGUAGCACCUACAUGUGAUACUCUGGCAUGGUGUUAAUUGUGCAACUGCAGUCAGUGUGGAGUGGUGCCAUGUGGGUUGUUUUGUUCCAAAUGAAUCAUGGAUUGGACUGAAGGACUGAGCUCUUUCAGGGUGGGACAUGCACUCUGCAUGUUGGCAGCAGUGUCAGCUUUUGGACUGGAGCAGCAUCCUCAGUGAACUAGAAGAGCCGCUUGAUGAGAAAUGUCACAAAAAGACAUACUGCCUUGUUUUCCUAAUGCCAGAAAGGUGACCAGUGAAGAUGCAUCGUCAAACUAGAAUUUUUCCUUGGAUGCAUGUUGUCUUGAUUUGUCUGCAUUUUGCUGGUUUAUUGAAUCCCUCUUCUUCUAGGGUCCUGGGUACUUUUAUAGAGGUUUUUCCUGAUUAUAGAGCAAAGGUAUAGGGAGGGGAAAUGGAGAGAAAAUGCCCCCCUGGUCUGUUUUCAUUCUCUGUGCCUCGGUUAAAGAUACAGAAGGUUUCUCUAGAUAACACUCCUCUGAAUGUAAAUCAUGAGAAAAUGAAUAUUUAAGAAACUACUCCUAAGCUGUGAUUUAGGAUGUAUUUCUACUUCUAGAUUACCUGAAUAUCAAAGGCUGAGAUUAUUUGGAAUUUUGAGUUUUUGUUGUUUUUGUUUCUUAGAAGUCUAUGAUCUAGAAUGACUUUCAGGGCUUCUCUUUCUGAUAAGUACUUUGAGUAU